CAAGGGCUGCGCGUGUGCGGGUGCGCGGAGGGCGAGCGGGGCCUGGACGAGCCUCAGUGUGUCGUGGUCGCCCGCACUGUGCCAACCCGUGCCACCCCCCAACCGCCCUGCAUGACCUGUGCUGCCCAGCACACACACAGCCUGCGUAUGGCGGGGGUGGGGCGCCACGCCCCCGAGUGCUAGUGGGUGUACUAAGUGUAUCCUUAUCACCGCCCAUGAGGGCGUAGCAAAACGGUGUUACUCGUGCCGCCAGAAAGCUCAGGCAGGACGCAGGCUGGGCCUUAUUCAAGAUGGCGUCCAGGGGCGCAGCCACCGCGGCCCCUAUCUGGCCCCCGUUGCUGCCGCCGCUCAUCCUCUUCCUCGUCCUCACGGCCACUCUCCACACAGGAGUGUGCAGCGAGGAUGAGGAGAGACUGGUUCGCGAUCUCUUUCGAGGAUACAACAAACUCAUUCGGCCAGUAGAGAAUAUGACCCAUAAUGUUAAGGUUUCUUUUGGCUUAGCCUUCAUUCAGCUCAUUAAUGUGAAUGAGAAGAACCAAAUCAUGAAGUCAAACGUAUGGUUGAGGCUGGUAUGGAGUGAUUACCAGCUGCGGUGGGAUGCAGCAGAUUACGGUGGUAUAAAAGUUCUUCGCCUGCCACCGGACAAAGUCUGGAAACCGGAUAUUGUUUUAUUCAAUAACGCCGACGGCAACUACGAGGUGCGUUACAAGAGUAACAUUCUUAUAUAUCCCACCGGCGAAGUUCUCUGGGUACCCCCAGCUAUUUACCAGAGCUCAUGCACCAUAGAUGUCACGUACUUCCCCUUCGAUCAGCAGACCUGUCUUAUGAAGUUCGGUUCAUGGACCUUCAACGGUGACCAGGUCUCCCUGGCCCUCUACAAUAACAAAGAUUUCGUCGAUCUCUCGGAUUACUGGAAGUCUGGCACUUGGGAUAUAGUAGAGGUUCCGGCCUUCUUGAACGAAUACAGAGACAAUGAUGGCCCGACCGAGACAGACAUCACCUUCUACAUCACCAUUAGGCGUAAGACACUCUUCUACACUGUUAACUUGAUCCUGCCAACGGUUCUCAUUUCAUUCCUGUGUAUUCUCGUUUUCUACCUCCCCGCCGAGGCUGGAGAAAAGGUGACCCUUGGUAUAUCUAUUUUGCUCUCCCUGGUUGUGUUCCUGUUGCUGGUAUCAAAAAUCCUGCCGCCAACGUCUCUCGUGCUGCCGCUGAUCGCCAAGUAUCUGCUCUUCACCUUCGUCAUGAACACAGUUUCCAUCCUCGUCACCGUCGUCAUCAUCAACUGGAAUUUCAGAGGUCCUCGAACGCAUCGAAUGCCGAACUGGAUACGACUGGCAUUCCUCAAAUACCUCCCCAUCAUGCUGUUCAUGAAGAGACCACGGAAGACCCGGCUACACUGGAUGAACGAGCGCCCUGCAGCUGGAGAUCCACAGGUCCCUACCACAUUGCCAAACACUCUCCAUCUCCCUAUCACAGCUGGCGUCACCCACCACCACUUCGGGUCGCCGGAAAUGGAUAAGAGCACCAGCAAGAUAGAACAAAUGGAACUCUCAAAUCUUCAUCAUCCUAAUUGUAAAAUCAACAGAGAGUCUCCACUCCUGCAGAUGCCGCGUCGAGAAUCUGAGAGUUCGGACUCCCUCUUCAUGACUCCAGAGGCCUUCAAGGCAACGGAGGCCGUCGAGUUCAUCGCUGAGCAUCUGCGCAAUGAAGAUGAGUACAUUCAGAUCCGUGAAGACUGGAAGUACGUAGCCAUGGUUAUUGAUCGUUUGCAGUUGUAUAUUUUCUUUCUUAUCACCACCGCCGGCACUAUCGGUAUCCUAAUGGAUGCUCCACACAUAUUUGAAUACGUUGAUCAAGAUAAGAUUAUCGACACCUAUAGAGGGAAGUGAAGGGCGAGAGGCUGUUACAAUGUCGGAAGUUAUGUGUAUAAUGUAAAAUGGGAGAGAAAAAGAAGCGAGUGUUGUUUUUACAUGCUAAGAUAAUCCUCUAAGAUAAAGAAGUGAAAGCGUUUCCAAUCGCUACAGUAUCCUGGAAGUCGUCGUCUUCUUUCGUUCCAGUCUUCACGGCCACUUUUCCCCUGGAACUUUCACUGUCUCCGUUUCGCUUCUCUAACCACGAGACAGAUCUGGAAAGAACGUCUUCUCAAGUGAAGAAUGGAGGAUUGAGCUUGUGAUAACCUUUUGGGAGAAGGAUACUGACACAGCACUAUAGUAUUUAAAAAAAAUAAAAAAAAGACUAAAGUAAAAGUUCAAAGUACUCCUAAUAUGGUGCCAAUGAUAUAUAUAUACAUACUUAUAUAUAUAUAUAUAUAUAUAUAUAUAUAGUGCUUUUGGUUGUGUUAUUCAGUAUUAGAGGUCAUUGCAUUGGAGUGCACAUGCUGGACUAUGUACAUCAAGGUGCCGACCAUUCGUGCGUGGCAGCAUCCAGCAUCAGGGAUCUGCCGGCGCUUGAGGUCCAUCCUUUGAGUUAUAGUGUCGUACCCAAACUCUUGAUCAUGGUGAAGAUGAUCGACUGGAAAUGCUCACAAACUCUGGAGGAAAAAUGGAAAAAGAAAAACAAGCAAACCACUUUGCAGAUGUAUUACUCCAUCUAGGGAAAUAUCUGUGGAUCAUAUCCCUCGGCAACACGGUAACCAUUUCAAAGCCAAAAAAAAAAAAUGGAAAAAAAUUAGAAAAGUGGUGAGAUGAUUUUUAUCCCCACCGGAACGUUUCUUUCUUUUUUUCAAUUCGUUGCACAGAAACCUCUUGUUUUCUCGAAGUUCUGUAUAUCUGGCAUCGUGCUCAAGAGAGAAAGAAAGAAAGGACACUACUACACUGGAACUCCUGAAUGAAUGAAUGUUACCCUGCGUCUUGUGAGUGCUCACCUUCGGAAAAUAAUAAUCAUAGAGGCGUUUGAAUGAUGAGGUACUUAACAUUGUUGUAAAUCUGUAUACACCAUAGGUGUUUCCUGAGAGUGCGUGUGUGUGUAAGUGCGUGCUUGCGGAUCGAGGCCUGAGCACGGGCAGAACAUGAACAUUUCAGUCAGUGACGUUGGACCUACAUGAGUUCACGGGAAGAGUGAAGUUCAUGGUCUCAGUUACUAGUACUAUACACGUUGGAGAGUGGCGGCGCCAGAGGUCCUGCCUGCUGCUCGCUGGCAUCCCUCUGAGGCGCCACAGUCGCUGAGGAGAAGGAAGGAAGGAGGAGAUCAGAUGAUAUUUGUAGUUUUCCUAGGUGCGAACUUAGUGAAAUGUUUCAUAUGUUUACAUAUAUAAAUAGGUAUUAAGUAAAUUUGUAUGUAAAUUUUGAAGAAAAAAAACAAUGAGAGAGAGAGGUUUGAGAUUUAUGCUCAAAAAUGUUAUUAGUAAUGCACUUAAGACUGUCUUUUGAGAAAAAAUAAAAAAAAAAGGGCGUGCCUCGGUGACCAUGAUGAUGUCUCACCUGGGUGUCCACUAAUGAGGUUCUGUCGCUCACCUGUCUCAGGUGAGGCUUUCAGGCCUUCGAGUUUUCCAUCAUUUGAAAGGGCAAUAGGUGCUUUUUUUCUUCUUCUUUUUUUUUAUCUAAAUAAAUCUAUUGCUCACACUUGAGAGGUGCAUUUGAUUCUGUAAUGAAAUUAAUCUUUAUUAUGAAUAUUAUUAUUACGGUAUAAUUAUAAUUGCUGAUAAUAAUGAAAAUGAUAACUAUUUAUUAUCAUUGUCAUUAUUAUUGAUGUUGUUACUAGAAUGAUUAUUCUGAUUAUUAUUAUUAUUAUUAUUAUUAUUAUUAUUAUUAUUAUUAUUAUUAUUAUUAUUAUUAUCGAUGAUAGUAUGUUUCCUAGCAUUACCUGCUCCCCAGGAGUCAGCUUCACGCUUCAAUCUGUAUUCCCAGUGGAAUUAUGACAAAUAUUUUUAGAAAGAAAAAAAAAGAGAGACAAUACUAAGCAUUGUAUCAUUGCAAUGGUAUCUUUAAAAAAUGUGUCAGAUUUAAGUUCAAUAGACUUUUAAUCCAGUUGUAUUUUCAGAACUCAUAUACAUAUACAAAUAUAUAAAUAUAUAUAUAUACAUACAGUGUGACAUUUUUUGUAAGGCUUUAUUUGUGCAGUCGCUCUCAGAAGUCGGGGCCGCUUCACCAUCACCUCCGCUGCGGGAAUGUGGCCUUCUGAGCAAUGCCUUGAGUAACCUGGCACGUAAUGUUAAAUUGCUUAGGUCAUUGCUUAGAAAAUGUCGGAUUACUCUGGUCAUUGCUUGGAGGGCCACAUUGUGCAGCGGACGCGGUACUGAUGUGGACCCGACUCUUAGGAGUGAUUGUACUUCAGUUACUUGUUUUAUGGUUUUUUUUCAACUAAGAUAACGCCUUGUGGAAGUUUCACGGCUAGUUUUAAAUGGUACUAAACAGGUUACGGGUACUGGUUUUUCCUAACAAUGCCAUGGUACCUUUAACUGCUAAGAAACACAAGCGCUUCUUCUUCUUUCAGUGUCCGUAUGAUUUCAGCUGUAGAAAAGUGACUUUACACGGUUUGAUUCGGUUGUAGUGUUUUAUUUCAGAAGAGUUUUGUGGUUCGUUUGUUUUUCUUUAGAAUGCCUGGAUGCAUUGUCUUGUCUUUGGAUAGAAUUCACGUGACCUUGCAAUUGUCUUAUUAUGAUCCUCGGAUAGAAUUCGUGUCUUUGCAUUGUUUUAUUAUCCUUGGAUAGAACUCACGUGACUUCUGAAUUAGUAAACACAACACCUAACAGCUGUAUAAUAAAUAACAUUUAUAAUCUUUGAACUUCAAGGUGAGUGAACAGAGAAAUAUCAGCCGGGUGUACCAUACUCAUAGUAAAAAUCAAAAUGAAAUCCUUCUUAUUCAUAUCGAGAGUGAAUAGCAAAUCGUUUGCCAUACCUGUUUACCAUUUUGGUUUGUUGUGAGACCAACACAAAGUCAUACCAAUAAUUGAGCUGGUGUACUGUGUAAGAAGCUCCUUCUUUGUCUUUGUUGUGUGUGUUGUUUCUUUGUUUGAUUGUGAUAAGAACUUUCUCUGCCGAGGAAAAGGCAAGUCUCGAAUUAUGGUCAAUUGUACGAAUUGGAUGUGACUGUCUGUAUAGUAGGUCGGCGAAGUGGCCCUUCACGACCGAAAUUUUGACUCUUGUUUAUGCAAUGUGAGGUUUCAUGUAGAAAAAAUAAUGAUAUGGAAAGCUUAAGUCACUGUGUAUAUUAGAUAUAUGUAUAUAUAUAGAUACAUCCACAUUUAUGUAUAGAUAUACAUAUAUGCAUAUAUAUGUAAAUUAUGGUAUGUAACCACAAGACUCACCACCACCUUUGAUGAGAUGCUGUCACAGUUACCUUGAAUAUGGAUAGUCGAUUACUUCCCAGUUUUUAUUAACUAUAAUAUUGUUCCAGUUCACCCAAAGUAUCUUGCGGAGUUUCUAGUGCGCAAGUCUGUGAUUUCCAGAACGCCACUAUUUUGAUACUGUAGAUGAGGUAAAUGAAUAUUGCUUACUAGGCUAAAGGAAAAUACAAGAAGAAAAAAAAACAUAACGUUAUAUAGAAGUUAAUGAAGUUAUAAAAGUUAAAGGGAUGUCCCGUAAAAAGGAAGAACGUAAAUCUCUAAAAAAAAAUAUUUAAAAAUCAUACUAAAAAAUUAAUGAAGUUCUCCUAAAGCCAAAUAUUUAUUGUGUCAGUUAUUUUCAACUGUUUCCUUUCUUGAAUUGAUUUUCUUUUGUAAAUAGAAAGCUGAUUCUAACUUGAGAAUUUUGUCAAUUUGGCUCUCCCCCCCCUCCCCCGCAAUUCACAACUGAAUCUGCAUGUAUACUCUGGCUGAAAGACGCCGAAUAUAUCUGGAGAGUAACUUGCCACUGGAAAAGCACUCCUGGCAAUCAAUCAACUUUGUUACUCAACAAUAGUGUCUAGCUUGCUCAUGAAAAAAUCACUUAAAAAAAAGAUAAAUAAAUGAAAAAAAAUAUGACGAUUUUGCCAGGAUAUCACUUAGUAUUUUGACUGCAUUCCAAAUUGAAAGUUUGAAAAAGAAAUGUUUGCCAAGCUAGAGUUAGUUUUCUAUGACUGUAAUUUACAUACUUCACGCCACGUACGCUGUAAAUGCUAAAAAGCUUUAUAAUUUAGGAAUAGAUUUGUUAUCUAGUGUAUUCGUUUGUUAGGACUACCUAUCUGGAAAAACUAACUUUAGAUAAUGUAGUGGAUUGACUAAUAUCAGUUUGGGCUAUGUUUAGUUCCCAUACAUGUAUCGUUUCCUUACAAGGAGUACGCUCAGAGUUGAGUUCUCUUUUCAGCUGCAGACUUCCUUCUUUUGUCAAAAAUCGUUCGAAUGAUUUCGUUCACCGUUGAACUGAUACUAAACUUUUUCCAAGACAACAAACAUUCCUCUCCUUCAUUUGUAAACGAGUCACACCGAUUCUCCUGAAAUUGUUUUCAUUCCACCAUUAUGAUGACUGCUCUGUCUCGACAUCCACAUAGCAUCUUCCAGGGUUCUUGUCACCCAGUUUUCAUCCAACCGUGGAUGAUUCCACACAGAACUGAACCUCUUGUCUAUAGUAGAUUUUUAUCGAUAGAUACGUUAUUCCUGUAAGAGACACAAUGCUGGUUUUUAAGGCAGAAAUUUUGAUAUAACACGGAUAAAAAUAAAAACAGAAGUAUCAAUUUUGUGUGGUACGACAUUUUUGGAGGACCAUAUAAUUCUUCAACAUCAGCGUUGCAGUUUUGAAGCUGGUCAUGUAAUAGCAGCAAAUAUCUGGCACUGUAUCAUGAUGUAUAGAUAUACCUAUCUGUUUACUUUUUGUAACUGAUGUUUGGAGAAACAUGGUCAGCUCUGAUGAAAAAGAAAAAAAAUAAAAUGACUGUUAAGAUAAUGAUUUUGUGUUGUGGAGUUCAGUUAUGCAUUGACGAAAUAAAUCUUUUGGAUGCAAGUAUCAAAACAAAUAACCACGCAAUGGUGUAUUGUUAUUGACAAGACAUGGAAGGUCUAUUGUGUGACAGUUUGUCAUGUGCAGAUGUGGCUCUGCGUAAUCACUGAAUUACUACAACAUACAUCAAUGCGUGAGUCCACAUUAUAUCUGCCACAACAACACGGAGAAGUUGUGAGUGAUGUAUGGUAAAACAUAUACAGUUCACAGAUACUUACUACUUUCAGUGAAAUAAAAUUGAUCUUGCCUCUGAUACUUGUUGACAGAUAAAUCUUGUUCUUUUGUAGGUAAAAAAAAAACCUUCAUUUGUUUGUUGUAUAUGUUUCCAUAGGUCACAUGAAAUUCAGGUUCUGUCUGAAACAUUUACAGACUAUUGUUUUUAUAUCUUUUUAACGUUUAUUUCGUUGAGCUUUGUGUCACUUUUCUUUUACAUUUUCUGUGCAUUUACUCCCGUCAAAGAUUGGUGUUUUACAAACAUUGCGUCUCCUCUUGCUUCCCUGCCUGUAAGCUCAAGAGACCUUGAUAUAAAAUUGUUUUGAUUUGACUCAGAGAUGUUUGUGUUGAAUACAAGUCUCCAUUACAUGCAAUAUUGGUGAGGUGACAAUCAUACUCAUUAUUCUCAAGUCGUUGUUACUCAUUUGGAAGGAGAUCUCUGUCUUUCAUCAACCAAGCAGUCAUUUGUUCAUUUGAUCAUUUAUUGUUGUUAAAGCCUAAACCGGAAUUUUGUUCAGUGUUGAGUGAAAAUUCUUUUCAACACUCGGUUAUCAAGUCCCCUAUACAAAUAUGUUGAUGCUAAAAUACUUCCUAUGUCUUAAAUCUAGCUUACAAAUAUCUGGUUUUCUUUUGCGUUACUCACAGACAAAAGGUCUUGAGUCGUGCUCCACUAUUUUGGAGUCUCUGUGAGGUCUUAUUUGUGUUUGACACGUUUUGACACACCGUCCCUUUGACUUUACUUUGAAAAGGUUAGCAGCAUCCACCAGUGCUGUGAUUCUCACCUGAUAACAUUUCUCAAAAGUCUCCUCCAUCCUUAAUGAUACAGUAAUUUUAAGUUUUCUUUUCUACGCCAAAGAUAAACUCUCUGCAAGAAGUAUAUCUCCAAACCGAUUAACAGGCGAUAAGCAAUCGUUUCUGCAGUUGACUUUCUCUUGUCAAAUUAAAUGUAUACAAAUCAGUGAUGUCCAUAGAGUGUCAGAAGAUGUGAACAUCCUAGCUCCUGCUUGCAAUCGCCUUGCUUUGCAAUGGCAGCCUUGCUUCCUGGAUUGUAUGACUCCAACUGCUCUCCAUCCGUUAAAUGUAAACUGUUGUCUUUUCUCAUUAUAACUUGGACAGUCUUUGAUAAUCCCUCGAAUAUUUCUUAUGUUGAACUUUUGUUUAUUAUCGCAUUAAUAAAGUUCUUUUCAAGAUUUAUAAUCUUACUACAUUAACAUUAUUUACUGGACCUUUCCUCCAGUGUCACAGUCAUGUUCAGUUAUUAGUUUGAACUCAUUGUUUUCUUUCAUUAUCCAGUUUUAUUUUAUAAUAUCAUGUUGGAACCAUCCGAAACAUUUUUUACCAGAUGAGUAGGUUAUACUAAAUCUCCAUGAAAAUAUUAACUAGAGAAGAAUUACUUUCUGAUUUAAAAAUUCUGAGAGAUGAUGAUGUCCUUGAAUGUCAGCUAUUGACAAAUCUGUUAUGGAGAUUCGUUUGUGGUCAAAUGUUUGACACAACUUACGAGAACUUGUACACCAUAGUCUUACUCGGGAGAAAUCUCGCAAGCAGUCAUUCAUGGUCAGUAGAGAAUGAAGUGAAAUAUAACUCCUUGCAUGAAUAUCUAAAGGAAAGGAUUUCAGAAGGGAGGCUAAAAUAGAAAGCCAGACAGUUAAGUCGUUAGAUUACCUUUGUCAUCGUAUCUUAGCCGUUUCAUUCUCGGUCCUGGGUAUGAUGAGAGCAGACAGGACAGCUUAUCACACGAAUGCCCCAAUUUGUAUUAGGUCUACCGCUUUGCUCCCAGUAGUACUACAUUCUUCCAAUUGACAAAAGACAAAAUAGCAAGGAAUCAUCAAGUGGUUAAAGUACUUUUGAGUUCAGCCUUAUUUCAGCUUCCACCCUCGUCACCACCACACGCAAAUAUUCUUUACAUGCCUAGGGUGGCAUAUUGUUUUCCAGCUACGAUAAACCAAGACUCGUUAGACUCAUGAACGGCCAGUUCAAACAUUCCAGCCUUUACCUGAGAGAAAUUUUCUCUAACUUAAGCCAUUCACCUGGGCACCUUACCACCUUUUCACAUAGGAACCCUAUGCAGUUCGCUCAUAGCCCCCCCUCCCCCACAACCAUCGUCUUUUCACAUUGGAAUGAAUCUCCAUCAUAGAAAUGCAGAUUUUCUCACUCGAGUGUAUUGCACCCUCCCACCGGUGUAAGGACCUCUCUUCACAGGGCUUGCAGUACUUGCGCAGGCGCCGUAUUCCCUUUGUUGAAGCUUUAUGGACAUAAUCGACAGCCUCUGGUGCCACACUUUUGAGUUUCUUUGCAACACAGAGCUGCAAAAGAUGGAGAGUCGAGGCAGUAAACAGUGAACAAGAAUCGCAGUUUCCAACAUUUUCAUCCAUGAGGAUAAUCUUGAUUUUGUUUGAGUGAACUCAUCAUUAAUUUAACUUGUUUCUUACUGUAGAGCGCAUGAAAAUAGUGGGCUUUGAUAUAUACUAUAUGAUAUCAUAAAGAAAUGAAUAA